AUGGAUCCAGAAGGUGGUGGACUUUAUCGAAAUCAAAUAAAGAAAGAAUCAUGGAGGACAGUAUUGACAUUAGCAUAUCAAAGUUUAGGUGUUGUAUAUGGGGAUUUGAGUACAUCACCUUUAUAUGUAUACAAGAGUACGUUUGCUGAAGAUAUAACACAUUCAGCAACUAAUGAAGAAAUCUUUGGGGUUUUAUCAUUUGUUUUCUGGACACUUACUUUAGUACCUUUGAUUAAAUAUGUGUUUAUAGUGCUUAAAGCAGAUGAUAAUGGUGAGGGUGGUACUUUUGCUUUGUAUUCAAAACUGUGUCGCCAUGCUAGGGUUAGUUUUUUGCCUAAUUCACAAAUAGCUGAUGAAGAUUUAUCAACUUAUAAUAAUAAGAAAGAUGGUGGGAGUACUGAUCAAUCUGGUGGUACUAAAUUUAGGAAUAGGUUAAAAACAACAUUGGAGAAGUAUAAAGUUUUACAAAGAGUGUUACUUGUUCUUGCCUUAAUUGGGACUUGUAUGGUCAUUGGUGAUGGAAUCCUUACCCCUGCAAUUUCAGUUUUCUCAGCGGUAUCAGGUCUUGAGCUUUCAAUGUCAAAAGAGCAUCAUAAAUAUGUAGAGGUCCCCGCUGCUUGUUUUGUACUCGUGUGUUUGUUUGCUCUCCAACACUAUGGUACCCACAGAGUUGGAUUCAUUUUUGCACCAAUAGUUGUAAUAUGGCUUUUGUGCAUCAGUGGUAUUGGGAUAUAUAACAUUUUUCACUGGAAUUGUGAAGUCUACAAAGCAUUAUCUCCACAUUAUAUGUAUAUAUUCCUGAAGAAGACGCAAAGGAGAGGUUGGAUGUCAUUGGGCGGAAUACUGUUGUGCAUUACAGGAUCAGAAGCCAUGUUUGCUGAUCUUGGGCACUUUUCGCAGUUAUCAAUUAAGAUUGCUUUUACCUCUUUUGUUUAUCCAUCCUUGAUUCUUGCAUACAUGGGACAAGCUGCAUUUCUAUCAAAACACCACGAUAUGGGAAGUGACUUUCCAAUUGGCUUCUAUGUAUCUGUACCAGAGAAAAUUAGAUGGCCUGUUAUGGUAAUUGCCAUACUAGCAGCUGUUGUUGGAAGCCAGGCAAUCAUAACAGGAACAUUUUCGAUCAUUAAACAGUGCAAUGCCCUGGCAUGCUUCCCGAGGGUCAAAAUAAUCCAUACAUCAUCCAAGGUACAUGGUCAAAUCUAUAUCCCAGAGAUCAACUGGAUCCUGAUGGUGCUGUGCUUGGCCGUUACGAUUGGUUUCAGGGACACCAGACGCUUGGGAAAUGCUUCAGGGUUGGCAGUUAUAACGGUCAUGCUAGUUACUACAUGUCUGAUGUCUCUAGUUAUAGUGCUCUGCUGGCACCAGAGUGUCCUCCUUGCCAUUUGCUUCAUAUUCUUUUUUGGCACCAUUGAGGCACUAUUCUUCGCAGCUUCCCUGGUCAAGUUCCUCGAAGGGGCUUGGGUUCCAAUAGCCAUUGCAUUUGUCUUCCUGGUUAUCAUGUAUGUGUGGCACUAUGGUACUCUUAAGAAAUAUGAAUUUGAUCUCCAAAACAAGGUAUCCAUUAACUGGCUCCUCGGACUGGGACCCAGUUUAGGAAUUGUUCGUGUGAAGGGAAUCGGCCUCGUGCACACAGAACUUGUCUCAGGGAUACCCGCAAUUUUCUCUCACUUUGUCACCAACCUUCCAGCCUUCCACCAGGUACUAGUCUUCCUGUGCAUCAAAUCAGUUCCUGUUCCAUUUGUGCGGCCUGAAGAAAGAUUUCUGGUGGGUCGAAUUGGCCCCAAAGAGUACAGAAUCUAUAGGUGCAUUGUAAGAUAUGGGUACCGUGACAUCCACAAGGAUGAUUUGGAAUUUGAAAAAGAUCUUGUUUGUAGUAUUGCUGAGUUUAUUCGAUCAGGCAGACAAGACAUACUAGGUGGAUUAGAAGAGCCGGAUAAGCAAGGCGAGAGAAUGACAGUUGUUGGCACAUCUUCAACGCAUACAGAAGGAAUCCAAUCCUGUGAGGAUAACGGUGAACCAACUAGAGCUUCAACGCCAAGCCCUAGAGAAUUGAGAGAAAUACAGUCUCCAGUAGUUGUACCAAGAAAGAGAGUAAGGUUUUUACUGCCAGAGAGUCCCCAUAUGGAUGUGAGUGCACGGGAAGAGUUGAAUGAGCUUAUGGAAGCCAGAGAAGCCGGGAUGGCAUUUAUACUAGGGCACUCACAUGUAAAAGCGAAACGAGGUUCUGGUCUUAUGAAGAGGCUGGUAAUUAAUGUUGGGUAUGAUUUCUUGAGAAGGAACAGUAGAGGACCUACUUAUGCACUUAACAUCCCUCAUGCUUCUACCCUCGAGGUUGGCAUGAUUUGUUAUGUUUAACUUGUUUCUGUUCCUUCAUGUUUUUCUAAGUUAUAGAAUCAUGUUAUAUAUAUGUUGUUUGUAAAUCAUAGAUAGAAGAAGUAAUCACAGAUUCCAAAUAGGUCCAGUUUUUUUUUAUCUUGUUUUACAUGGUAAUACAUGUGCAGCGGCUCUCUUCACCUCCAAUUUGUGUCUCCAGUUUGAUUUGUUUCACAUCUGCUGAACUCUUAAUAUUCUGUAUAUACUAAAUUCGGAGAAUAUCAUGGUUUUGUCUCGCAUGGCA